GAAAAGAGAGGCCUAAUGGCAGCGUUGAAUCGCGGCACUUUAAAAUUUCCGAACAACAUUGGUUACGUGAACGCAAAUGACUUCGCGAAUAAGAAGAUACGUAUAGGUGUCAAGAACACGCGUGAGAACUACAACAAGAGAGACUCGAACGCACGAAGAACGUUGGGAUACGUUACUUUCAGCGCGAAACGUUUAACGAGCGUCGGGAAGGUUAACCGGCUCGAGUCAACGGAAAGAUGAUCGAGACCGGCAAGAAGAGCUGCACGGAACUGAUAACUCAGCGAUUGUUGCUGGCGAUCGUCUCGAGCGUCGCGUUGCAAUUUUUCUUCGUUUGCUGCUUCGUCCUCUUCUCAAACGUGAGCACGGAUUACGCGCGGUGGCUGCGGGAGACAUGGACGACCGUGACGUCGCUGCGAAUGUGGGCUUUCCUGAUCGUUCUCUCUGCGGUGACCGUUCUACACAGUUUUCUCUGCAUGAGAAUAUAUUUGCACGCGCCGUCGUAUUACAAGAGCAGAUUCGCCAAACUCCGAGCCGCUCUCGCCAUACAAAACUUAUCUCUUAGAGGAUUGCACGUGAUCAUCGGGGGUACGCUGAUCUGGUUGCACAUGUCACUCACGAGAGAGAAAUACAGCACGUUGACAACUGAUUGCGAACACGGAACGUGUUUGGUAGAGGAAUAUUACUUCCUGCUGCUCAGCGGCCUGUGGAGCGGACUGUACUUCUCUGUGAAAAACAGCAACUUCAACGGGAAGCAUUUCUCAUUUCCCAUUAUACCCCAGACCAAGUUCUCCCAACUGAGACAAAGAAUCUACUCGAUUCUUCCAAUGCUCAUCGUCUCUUCUAUCUGGUCGAGCCUGUACAAUACAAUUGCGUAUUACUUUUUAGGAGUGUACUAUCGCGCGGCGUUGUUGUCUGUUACCUACAUGCAAAUAGAAACCGAACCACUGGACACAGCUUCCAGACUGCUAAGUCUGAUGCUGAUGUUGUAUCUGUGGCUUCAUCAGUUUAUGUUAAUGCUGACGAUAAGCAGCACUUACGUUUUAUUUGAAAUAUAUCUGACUGAGUGGAUUCCCUUCAAGUUUGGUUCAGGUGCGUACACCACGGAGAGUUCAGAAUUGAUGCUUAUUGAUGCAUUGUCGAUGGACAAAGUGCCGAUAAUGCAACACUUGGGCUAUUUGGAUCUGUUCACCUUGGCCCAAAAGGACAAGAUGAGAAGGAACAUUUUGUUCACGCUCAGUCAGCCAGGCGGUCAUCCGUACAAUUGGAAUUGUGUGGUGGAAAAAUGCACGGGUCUCAUCAACAAGUUUUCAUCGGACAUUAAUGCUGUAUUUGUAAAAUCUCAAGAUCAGCCAUUUUGUUACAGAACGAGCACGUUGAAAGCGACGGCGACUGUGCCUCUUCAGCAAACGGAUCGUAUAUAUCACAUGCGGAAACUGGUACCGGAUUUGACACCCGUGUUAACAGCAGAAACAGUUACAAUAGAAGCUCCCUGUAGCAGCUGGUCCGUUCAGAAGUUUGUCAAACAAAAACAAGAAGCUUUUGUGACUUAUUUGUUUUCGAAACCGAUCAUCAACUACAUCUUCGGCGAACAGGAUGAGAAUAAGAUUCGUUACAUUUUACUAAACGGACAACUGGUGAUCUGGGCCGCCGAGGCUCUUUCGUCUCUGUCGGUGUUUUCACUGAGCGAAGAUUCUUACGGUAUAGUACAGAAAGACGUGGCGACAAUCAUCAAUACUCUAUUGUCCGUUAAACAGACUCUGGAUAAACUGCAAAAGUCAACCGUACUGACCAGAAGAAUACAAGCGGACGAUAAAUUGAUCAGAGAAAUUUUAAUAUCUUUGCGAAGUUCAAUCAAGCGCAGUCUGUACAGAAUUGUCACAAAUUUUGAGCCAUAUAUCACUGAUUUGGCUCUCGAGCCUCCAGCGGUAGAACAAUUACAAAGCUUUCUUAAUUAUAAGGAAUAGUUGAUAAAUAUUUUGAUAUCACAAAAAUAUAAAUGUUUCCACGUCAUUUAACAACCCUGCCAAAAACUAUUAUUCCAGGAUUGUUAUAUAAAUAAUUUUU